ACCUGUGUGGUGGGGGAGGAGGAGGUGGGAAGCCCCUACAAAGCCGUGGAGAUGGUCUUCAUCGCCCUGGUUACAGGCUCCCUUAGUUUUGUCACUGUCACAGGCAACAUCCUGGUGAUGCUCUCCAUUAAAGUAAAUCGGCACCUCCAGACGGUCAACAACUACUUCCUGUUUAGCCUGGCGUGUGCAGACCUUAUCAUUGGUGCGUUCUCCAUGAACCUCUACACUGUCUACAUCAUCGUGGGCUAUUGGCCCCUGGGACCUGUAGCGUGUGACUUGUGGCUGGCCCUGGAUUACGUGGUGAGCAAUGCUUCUGUCAUGAACCUUCUUAUUAUUAGCUUUGACCGCUACUUCUGUGUCACCAAGCCCCUGAGCUAUCCAGCCAGAAGGACCACCAAAAUGGCUGGGCUGAUGAUUGCAGGUGCCUGGAUUCUUUCCUUCAUUCUUUGGGCCCCUGCUAUCCUGUUUUGGCAGUUUAUUGUUGGAGAACGCACGGUUCCACCAGGAGAGUGCUACAUCCAGUUUCUCUCCAACCCUGCCGUCACUUUCGGCACAGCCAUCGCUGCCUUCUACCUGCCUGUGGUCAUCAUGAUGGUGCUCUACAUCCACAUCUCUCUGGCCAGCCGCAGCCGGGUGUCCAAGCAGAAGCCUGAGGCUGAGAAAAAGACGAAGGGCCUCAAGAUACCUAACCCACUCAAGAGCCACAUCCUUAACAGACAGAAUAACAACAACCAGUCCCCCAAGCCCAGUCUGGAGUCCUGCAACACUGGUGAAGCUGUGAAGAAUGGCAAGAUUGACGAGUCUGUUGUUUCCACCAAGGCUGACGCUAGUGUCAAUCCAGAAGAGAAGGAGAGUUCCAAUGGCUCCAGCACAGCCAGCAUUGCCCCCAAAAAUGCCAAGGAGAGGGCCAACACGGCAACCGUUAAACUCAACCCUGCCUCUAAAUGGUCCAAGAUCAAGAUUGUAACCAAGCAGGCUGGUGACGAGUGCAUUACUGCCAUCGAGAUUCAGCCACCCAUCAGGGGGGGCGAGACCCGCUCUAUCCCAGUCAACCGCCCCCGGAAGGUGGCGCGCAAGUUUGCCAGUAUUGCCCGCAGCCAGGUGAAGAGGAAACGCCAAAUGGCAGCCAGGGAGAAAAAGGUGACCAAAACCAUCUUCGCCAUCCUGCUUGCCUUCAUCCUCACAUGGACCCCGUACAAUGUCAUGGUGCUCAUCAGCACCUUCUGCCACUCCUGUGUCCCGGACACUGUGUGGGCCAUCGGCUACUGGCUGUGCUACGUCAACAGCACCAUCAACCCAGCCUGCUACGCCCUCUGCAACGCCACCUUCAAGAAGACCUUUAAGAAUCUCCUCAUGUGCCAGUAUAAGAAUAUUGGAACAAGAUGA